AUGCUCGUACAAGGUGGGAUCUCAAGCAAUGACUGGCGAAGCUUGAGCGAAUAUGGGGUAGACUGGAUUGCUUUCUUUCGUGACUUUCGAUCAACUGGCAACCCUAGCGUAUCGAUCCAGAAAGGGGUGCAGCUCAACCCGCGCUUUGCUCGUACGACCUGUUCAAUUGCCGAACUAGCAGCGCUGCUCAAAGCUGGCGACUUCAAUAGCCAAGAAUUAGUUAAGCUGUACGUCCAGCGAGUGGGCGAAGUCAACGAUGACCUCGGCGCCGUAAUUGAGCUCAACCCCGAUGCCGUGAGCAUAGCCCGACACCUCGACAGAGAGCGCGCAGACGGCAAAGUAAGGGGCCCUCUGCAUGGUAUACCGAUUCUGGUCAAAGACAACUAUGCCACUGUUGACUCUAUGUUGACCGGCUCCGGGAGCGUCUGUCUCGCCCGAGCGCUCCCCACCGAAGAGGCUACGGUUAUCGCCAAGCUUCGGGAGGCGGGCGCCAUCAUCUUAGGCAAGCUGAACUUGAGUGAAUUCGCUGGCAUCCGCAGCUCCAACGCGACGCCAGGCUGGAGUCCACGCGGUGGCCAAACCUUCGGCGCAUAUGUCAAGAAUCAAACCGCCUGUGGUUCAUCUAGCGGUUCGGGUGUCGCAGCUUCUGUCGGACUUGCAGCCGGGACACUCGGUACCGAGACAUCAGGAAGCAUCACUUGCCCGGCGAUGUAUAACAAUGUCGUCGGUGUCAAGCCCACAGUAGGCUUGACCUCGAGAUUUGGAGUCGUGCCCGUCACUGCCCGACAAGAUACAACCGGACCGAUCACCCAGAAUGUCGAGGAUGCGGCCAUCCUUCUAGAAGCCAUGGCUGGCAAGGACCUGAACGACAACUAUACAUCCGCUCAGCCUUGGGGCUCUCCUCCACACUUUUCCACAGGGCUGAGAAAAUCGGGGUUGAAAGGAGCACGAAUUGGCGUGGUUUGGAUGGAGGACUUGCCAGUCUCAGGACACCUCAUUAAUAUCAAGCAGAUCAAGCCCGUUUUCGACCGCGCUGUAGCUGAUCUGAAAAGUGCGGGCGCUGAAGUUGUUGACGUUGCCCUGGACACUAAGGGGCAGACUUUCGAAGAAAUCCUUUUGACUUUACAAACUAACGUCCGGGUAUAUAUGGGCGCGGACUUCAACGACGCACUACCGCGCUACUUGGAGAAUAUCAGACCGAGCGACGAUGUUGUCUUCCGCAAUGUGUCAGAUGUUCUUCAGUGUCUGAAGACUGAGCCGAGGGAGCUCGCCUCAACGAUUGGCCUGGCUGACUGGGAAAACGUUGCUCAACUGAACAUUACUGCGGGUAGUCUGGAAGCAUGGAACGCAUUUACCACAGUCUUAACACUAUCGAAAAGCCUCCUCCUAGAUCCGAUCGAAGAACAUGGACUAGAUGCUCUCGUCAUGCUACCCGAUCUCGCGCUCUCGGUCGGCGCAGCUCCAGGCUUUCCCAUUGUAACCGUGCCCAUGGGCGUACUUGGACCAGAAGCCAAGACAGCUUGGGACUACACUAAUAAGACUAUAAGCACGGGGCCGGGCAUACCUCUUGGUCUCAGCUUCACUGCCGACAAGUGGAGUGAUCAGAAGCUUAUACAGUAUGCCUAUGCGUAUGAGCAGGCAUCCCAAAGACGAAGGGAGCUCAUACCCAUUAUUAAGCCUGAGUCAGAUUUGUGUACCUUGAUUCAUCGAUCAACCUUAGGUGGAGAAAUGUAA